AUGGACAACGGUGCAGAUCUCGUCACAAUUAACAGUUUUCGUGAAGCGGAAUUUUUGAAAAAGCAUUUGAUGAAAAUUAUUACCGAUAUUUCACAAGCUUCUUGGUGGAUUGGACUCAGGUACCUUGAUGACUACUGGAAAUGGACGGAUGGCACUGAAUUUAACGAGACAAAGACGCCCUGGGCUCCAGGAGAACCAAAUAAUGGUCGAGGCACUGAAGAUUGUGUUGAGUUUAGCUACAAAGGCAAACUUAAUGAUAAAGUGUGUGAAACACCUAGACCUUACAUCUCGAACACAGCCCGUACACGACACCCAGAUACUACAGCUCCCGAUUCCUCACACACUAGUCAUAAAGACUGGUCAGGAAUGGACAAAGACUCUAGUCGUAUCAUGACCUCACAUCUGAAUACUGACGGUAUGUACCCCACCAGCCCAACAACUGCUGAUAAAGAAUCCACUUUUACCCUUCAUUCCCACCUCCCAAAAGACGUUUGCAUCUACUCCCAUGGCAGAAAGGUUUAUGUACAAGAGAAAGGAUUCUGCCCUGAAGAGGUCCUCAUGGAAAUAAAAUGGCCGCGUAUCAAAGCAGGCGCCACAGCUAUGGUUCCUUGUCCCUCAGGCUUAAGUAAGUUAUCUUGUUUUUGGCUCUCUCUCUCUCUCUCUCUCUCUCUCUCUCUCUCUCUCUCUCUCUCUCUCUCUCUCUUAGCUCAUAUUCUUCAUUGUGCUGCUAAUAGUUUUAAUUUCGCCUACCGGAAGUGUAUGAAAGAACCGGCAUGCUGGAAAGAGACCCACAAUAUUAAACACUGUGUCUCGCAUAAAAUGAAGAACUUCAUUGCCAAAGCUGAACGGCAGUUACGAGGUGGUUCCAGCAAAGAUUCGGUCCAAAUCUCCAACGCCCUCGCCGAAGUUACCGAAAAUAAAGACAUGACCAUGGAAGACUUUACAAUGGCUUCGCAAUAUUUUGACAUUCUUACGCGUUCUCUUGAAGAAGUGGCGAUUGAUCAACCAGGAGACGUCGAUACACUCGUCAAUGACGUGGAGGUGGAUCAUGUUCUUUAUGAGACGGAACUCUGUUCAACACAGGCUACACUUGCUUUUCGGGUCACCCUCUCAAAGCUUGCAUUUAUAUGCGAUUCGACAGUGCUGAAAAUAUUCAAUCCUGACACAUCAUCGACGCUGAUAUUUCUCUUCUUCAGAUAA